CAAAAGAAAGUCGCACAUGCUCAGUUUGAACUGUGUAUUUCGAUGUGGCCUCAGAAGCUUAUUGCAGAAUUCGUACUACCAAAUCUAACGUAGAAAGUUAAGGUUCUCCCUCGGUUUCAAAGAACACACCUUCAGAAAAUGAUAGUCUUUGUCAGAUUCAACUCCAUCUAUGGCUUCCCAGUAGAGGUGGACAUGGGUGCCACCAUACUCCACCUCAAGGAGGCAGUUGCUAGGCAACAAGGGGUUCCGGCUCACCAGCUGCGGGUGAUAUUCGCAGGGAAGGAGCUCAGGAAUGACUCCACGCUGCAGAGUUGUGAGCUGCCCCAUCAGAGCACGGUUCAUGUCGUAGUGCGCUCGCCACGGCAAAACAGGAGGGCGGCCGGAGAGACGGGAGCCAGGAGCAGCAGGCAGGGCUUGCAGAGAGGGCUGCUGAGAGAAGUGGGCAGUCUGACUCGGGUAGAGCUCAGCUCAUCCGUUCUGCCCACUCAUUCAGCAGGACUGGCUGCCAUACUGGAGGAUGAACUCAGCAGUGAGCCAGCGCAACCUGACCAAGCAGAUUCAAGACACCGCAGCAGCUUUUAUGUAUUCUGUAAGACUGUUUGCAAAGCAGUGCAACCUGGGAAACUGAGGGUACGAUGCAAGAGGUGCAAACAAGGGACACUGACACUGAGUAGGGGCCCUACUUGUUGGAAGGAUGUGCUUAUUCCAAAUAAGAUAGCUGGUGUUUGCCAGUCUCAGGACUGUGACGGGAAUGUGGCGGAUUUUUUCUUUAAGUGUGGAGCCCACCCCACACCUGACAACGAUACUUCAGUGGCACUGGAUCUCAUUACUCCCAACUACAGAAACAUCCCCUGCAUAGCUUGCACUGAUGUAAUGAGCCCAGUGUUAGUGUUCCAGUGCCUGGACCGCCAUGUCAUCUGCCUGGACUGUUUCCACCUGUACUGCGUGACAAGGCUGAAUGACCGGCAGUUUGUUCAUGACCCUCAGAUUGGAUAUUCCUUGCCAUGUGCAGUCGGCUGUCCAGACUCUCUGCUUAAAGAGCUUCAUCAUUUCCGAAUCCUCGGAGAGGAGCAGUACAAUCGCUACCAGCGCUACGGGGCUGAAGAGUGUGUGCUUCAGAUGGGAGGAGUCCUGUGCCCUACGCCUGGCUGUGGAGCUGGACUGCUCCCUGAAGAUGGACAGAGGAGAUUAGAGUGUGAACAAAGACGUGGGCUUGGAUGUGGGUUUGUGUUCUGCCGUGAAUGCAAGGAGGAGUAUCAUGAAGGGGACUGCAGCGCCACCCAUAGGUGGGAGAGAGGUGUUGACAUGCAGGGGUAUGUUACUGAUGAGGAAGCCGCCAGGCAUGCCAGGUGGGAGCAGGCUUCACGAGACACUAUUUUGGAAACCACCAAGCCCUGCCCCAAGUGCCACGUCCCAGUGGAGAGAAGCGGUGGAUGCAUGCACAUGGUCUGCCCGCGAGCUCACUGCAGAUUUGAGUGGUGCUGGCUCUGCAGUGUCGAAUGGAACCGGGAAUGCAUGGGGGAUCACUGGUUUGGCUGAACACAAUAUUAGGAAGACUGCCUACGCAGGUUGUACCUCGAAUCCUCGUUUUACAAAGGUAUACAAAGCAUGUCAAAUUGAGUAACUAGCGGCACUACAGUUUCUCUGCGUUUCUUAAACUCAGUGGUUCAGAUUUUAUUUUAUCACAAUCAUGUUAAGAUUGAGCCUGGCUGCAUAUUUAUUUUAAUAUCAAGGCAAUUUAAUAUCAAUGCAAACUGUUAAAUAAGCACAGGACCUGGCAAUCGUAUGUUAUUUGUAAAUUAAAGUUAUGUUACCUCAGGUUUGUGUUUUACAAGCUAUAGAAAAUUGCUGUCAUUCAGUAUCACAAAUGCACAAAAGUAAAAAAAAAAAUCUAAAUCAGUCUGUAAAUAGUUACAAGACAUAUAUGUGAUGAGUUCAUUAGAUGCAUGAUUUCAAUGCUGUAUUUCAUACAAAUAAUCUGAAGGUCAAGUAUAUUAAACUGUCAUACUGUAAAUGAAUGUGAGACUCAUGCAUGUUCAAUAGUCUCCUCCUGUCUUCUGCAAAACCUCGAAAGACCACUAGAUGUCACCAGUCACAAACCUUAGAUUUUGUUACACAGGAUAUUGCAAGUGCAUAACUCUUAAUCAGUUGUUUAAAAAAUGCAUUCAGGUUUGUCAAGGCUUGAAUAUGGUCUGUGCUGGAGUUGAAAUCAUCAGAACUUAAUCAGAGUGCAGUGAUUUUUAAAAAAUUGUAAUUUUGUCAAUUUCAUUUGUUAAAACGCACAAUGUAUUACUCAAAGAAAUUUUACAUUGUACUGUACAGUAGUUAAAAAGAAAUAAAAAACUAAAUUAAAAAAAGUUAUGGGAU